CCAGUCUCUCGCUGCGCUCGGAGAGGCACAUUGGCAGCAGGCACCCGUCGUGCCCCAGCCCCGAAGAGAGCUCCCCACCGAUUCCCCGCCAUGCAGCGAGCCACCAUGCUCCUGCUCUGCCUGGCUCUCCUGGCCCACCAGGAGGCAGACGGGGAUGCCCGGCUACCCCAGGACUUUCCCGUGAAACACUCGUACCAGCCGCAUGAGAAACAACUGCUGGAGGAGCUGCAGGACGUGCUGGAGAAACUGCAGAGCAAGAGGAUUUCCACCUGGGAGAAGAAAUAUAACCAAGUCCCCAAGUGCUCCAUCGGCCAGGCCUGCGCCGUGAAGAAGGGCGCCCGCAUCGGCAGGCUGUGCGACUGCCCCCGUGGAGCCACCUGCAACUCCUUCCUCCUCAGGUGCCUGUAGCCGCUGCCUGCGAGGGACCCCAGCCGCAGAUCAUCCUCUCGUGCCGCUGUGUUGUG